AUCGUUCUUUCUCUUGUCUCUCUAUUAAACCCUCCUCAUGAUUCUUAGAUAAAUGCCAAGAAGAAGGAAAAACAAUACACAGAAACAGAGAGAGUUUUGUUGAUUUUGAGAAAAAAACACAGCUUUGGAAAAUGGACAUGCAGUCACAGAAGACACGUCCUUAUGUUCAUGAUCAAGCUGAGGAUCCAAUCAGAGUUCACCAUCAAGAGGAAGAAGAGCAUCAAGAGAAAGGAGCAACUAAAGUGUUGAAGAAAGUGAAAGAAAAAGCUAAGAAGAUCAAGAACAGUCUUACCAAACAUGGUCACGGUCAUGACAACGAUCAUGAUGUCGAAAUAGAAGACGACGAAUAUGACGAGCAAGACCCACAACUGCACGGCACGCCAGUGUAUACUGGUCAACCUGAGUCACUAAGUCAUCCCGGAGAAACUAAUGUUCCGGCACCAGAGGAGAUCGUUCCACCAGGGACAAAGGUGUUUCCUGUCGUGUCUUCUGAUUACACCAAACCCGUUGAAUCUGAGCCAUUACAAGAAGAUACCUUUUAUGGCCACGAGGCAGCGUCUCAUCUAGCGGAUAUGAGGGACGAGAGAACUGAGGAACCACCGUCUCACCCUCUUGGAGUGUUCGACAUGUCGGAAAGAGGAGAGAGCAGAGAAGCUCAUCAGACACCUAUGAACCCGCCUGCGUCUUCUCUGUUAUCCGCAACAGAGGAUGUGACGGGAACGUUUACUCCUGGUGACGAUGAAUAUCUCAAUGGUCAAGGGAAAGUCAACAUCGAGAGGCCUAAAGGGUUUGAGGAAGAUCCAGCUGGUCGAGGAGGAGGGACAAGUUAUCUUAGUGGUGUGUCUAAUUAUCAGUCCAAAGUUACUGAUCCCUCUCAUGAAGGAGGUGGAGAAGCUGGAGUUCCUGAGAUUGUUGAGUCUCUUGGUAAGAUGAAAGUGACAGAUGAGUCACCUGAUGAUAAACAAGGAAGAGGAUUUGAAAGUGACUUUCCGACAAGAAGCCAUGAGUUUGGUCUGAAGAACGAGUCUGAAUCAGAGAAAGAUAUUCCUGAGAGAAGUGAUGAUGUGAAAGUCGAGACUGAGUCGGGAAGAGAUUUACAGACGGGGAUUCAUGAUCAGUUCUCACCGGAACUCUCUCCUCCGAAAGAGACACACGUAUCAAAACCAAGUACCUACACAGAGAAGAUAGGUUCAGCUGCUUCCUUUGUAACAGAUAAAGCUAUAGCGGCGAAGAACGCCGUCACCUCGAAGCUAGGUUACUCCGGGCAACACCAGAGCUCCAUCGGAGAUGAAACGACUCCAAGAUCUGCCACGGGAUACGGUCAGAAAGUGGCGGGAACUGUUGCUGAUAAGUUGACUCCUGUCUACGAAAAGGUUAAAGAAACAGGAUCAACUGUGAUGACGAAGUUACCCCUCUCUGGAGGUGGAAAUGGAGCGGAGGAGAAUAAACAAGUGGAAGGCAAAGGUGUUUUGACAAGAGAUUACUUGGCGGAGAAGCUGAGACCUGGAGAAGAUGACAAGGCAUUAGCGGAGGUGAUUGCUGAGAAACUUCAUCUCGGAGGAGGUGGAGAGAAGAAGACUACGACCACAAAGGAAGUGGAAGUGACGGUGGAAAAGAUCCAUACCGACCAAAUAUUGGAGGAAAAAAAACAUGGUGAGGAAGGGAAAGUAGGAGUAGGAGGAGGAAUGGUGGGGAAGCUUAAAGGAGCCGUCACUUCUUGGCUCGGUGGUACAAGUGAGGAAGUGAAGAAGCCGAAGUCUUCAAGUUCCGUUGACGAGUCCUCACAGUCGCUUGGAACUACCGUUGGGACUAUGGGAUUUUCAGAUUCCGGUGGAGCUCUGACCGGUCAGAAGGGACUUCAAGAUUCUGGGAACUGAGAUUUUGUUUUGCUUUUGAAUGUUUGUGUCGCUUGGUUGAUGCCUUUGUUCGAGA